UAACCUUGACCCAUCAAAACUCAACGGUCGCUGGACUUGUCUACCGGUGUGGUUUUUAUUCAUCCGGCUAAAGUCACUAUCACUUACUCAUACUCUUAUCACACGUAAUCAAUCACUUGAAAAAAUAAGGAAAUUUUUUAAAACAUGGCUCGAAUAAUGGCGACAAAAGAAACAGUGGAAAAGGCGCUGAGAGACGAGAGUAAACCCUGGACUAAAUUUUUCGCUAUGGCAGAGGCUAAAACAGGUGUUGAUAGGCUUUACAUCUUAGGAGCCUCGGUUGCACUUCUGGCACUGUACCUGGUGUUUGGACUCGGUCAACAACUUGUUUGCAAUAUCAUUGGAUUUUUCUACCCUGCUUAUUGCUCAAUGAAAGCAUUGGAGACACCGAAGAAGGAGGAUGAUACUAAAUGGUUAACUUACUGGGUUGUCUUCGCUGUAUUUACGAUUAUUGAAUUCUUCUCAGAUUUCAUCGUUGGGUGGUUCCCACUCUAUUGGCUGUGCAAGUGCAUUUUCUAUGUCUGGCUGAUGGCUCCAGUCGAUUACAACGGAUCCCUUAUUAUAUAUCAACGUUUUAUCAGACCAAAAUUCAUGCAAUACCAGCCACAGGUUGACAACAUCAUGACAAGUGCCCGUGAUGCUGCAAUGAAAGCAGCUGCGGACGUCUUAUCGCAUGAGAAAAAUAAUUAAUAAAUAAUUAAAGAACAAUAAGUGAAUAGGUUGCCAUUUUUUCCAUUAAAAAUGUGACUGCAAAUUUUUUAAAGCCAACCUUAAUCAAGGGCUCUACCGUGUUCAUCAAUGUGAGAAAAAUUAUUAACAAGCUCGCACAAUUUGCCCUUCUCAAUUUUUAAAUAUUUUUCUUCAAUAAAUUAUUACAACCAAAUUAAAAAAAAUUAAUGAACAGAAAUGAACAGAAUAUAGAUAUGUCAAUUCACGCAGGAUUCGAGGGGAGACCCAUCGACCAAGAAUCAAUCAGUCCUAGGUCAUGUUUGCCAGCACCUAAACUCAUGAUGAGACCAGAGAGAUCGCCCCGGUGGCCACGUCCUCGCAUUGCAUGCACAAUUUUAGCGAUACUAGAUAACAUUGAGAAGAAUGAAAGAUUGUAAAUUAAUUAUGUUAUAAUUCAUCACAAAAAUUGUACAAUCGUUGAUGUAAAAGAAUAUGCCUUACUUCGCCCAUUCCUCCUGGAUAGCAAUAAAUUGUGCUCGUAAUACA